UCUAUUUAUUUUUGCUCUCAUUUCAUCGAUGUUUUUUUUACUUUUUCGUGCGCCCUUAGACCUCUCGAAUGUCCUGACGUCACUGCGACGCCAAACGUCAAAUUACUGUGGAAUAUCGAGCGGAUUUCAGAUGGCAAUGCCACGACGUGUCCCCACGAGCAUCGAUUGUUGACUUUUUACAUUUUUAUAUCGUCAACAACAAUUGAAACAACCGGUUCAUAUUUUUUUAUGUGUAAUCAACUUUGUUAUUUCCUAAAAUUCAGCAAUUUAGUGAGUUAGUGGAAGAUAAUUAUCAAGAGUGAUGGGGAAUGCUGAUACUAAACUCAACUUUCGGAAGGCUGUUGUCCAGCUGACAUCAAAAACUCAAGUAAUUGACGCUAGUGAUGAUAACUUCUGGGAUCAGUUUUGGUCGGAGAAUGUCUCGUGUGUGCAAGACAUCUUCACACUGAUCCCAGCAGCAGAAAUAAGGGUUCUGAGGGAGGAAGCGCCAGCAAACUUGGCAACUUUAUGUUAUAAAGCAGUGGAGAAGCUGGUAAAGGCUGUGGACAAUAGCUGUAGGACCCAGAGGGAGCAUCAGACCGUCCUCAACUGUUGCAGACUAUUGACGAGACUUUUACCUUAUAUUUUCGAAGAUCCUGACUGGAAGGGGUUCUUCUGGUCGAGUUUACCUGGGAAAGAGGAAGAGGACGAGAGUGUGCCCUUGGCACAUUCAUUACUGAAUGCCAUAUGUGAUUUACUGUUCUGCCCUGACUUUACUGUUGCUUCCGGAAGGAAAUCUGGACCAGACAAAGCAGAAGAGUUACAAUCAAUCGACAGUUGCGAGUACAUAUGGGAGGCGGGGGUUGGUUUUGCUCACUCACCACCUCGUCAUCUGGUCCUCGAUGCCAACAGAACGGAACUCCUCAAGCUCCUUCUUACGUGCUUCAGUGAAACAAUGUACAAUCCCCCAAGUGAUCUAUCGAUAACGCCAAAUCGAUGGAUCCAACAUCUCACGAGUCCUGAGAAUCGACACGCAUUGCCCAUGUUUACCUCAUUAUUGAAUACUGUUUCCGCUUAUAAUCCAGUUGGACUCGGUGUUCCCUACAAUCAUCUUCUCUUCACUGAUUCCAUGGAGCCUUUGGUCGACAUUGCACUGCAAAUUCUCAUCGUCACCUUGGAUCACGACACCAGUGGAAAUGCUGCCAACUGCGAGGAGUCGGGAAUCAGUGGAGAUAAUUUAUUCAUCAACUAUUUGAGCCGAAUUCACAGAGAUGAAGACUUUCAAUUCGUGUUGCGAGGUAUCACGAGACUCCUGAAUAAUCCCCUGACCCAAACAUACCUUCCAAACUCCACAAAGAAGGUCCACUUUCAUCAAGAACUGUUAGUAUUCUUCUGGAAAAUGUGUGAUUAUAACAAAAAAUUUUUGUACUACGUUCUAAAGAGUUCUGAUGUUCUGGAAGUACUGGUGCCUAUUUUAUAUCAUCUGAAUGACUCCCGAGCUGAUCAAUCACGAGUGGGUUUAAUGCAUAUCGGUGUUUUCAUUCUCCUUUUACUAUCUGGAGAGCGAAAUUUUGGAGUCAGAUUGAAUAAACCAUAUACUGCAACCGUGCCCAUGGAUAUUCCCGUGUUCACAGGUACACAUGCGGAUCUCCUUGUAACAGUGUUCCACAAGAUAAUCACCACUGGACACCAAAGACUUCAGCCCCUCUUCGACUGUUUGUUAACGAUUCUCGUUAACGUCUCGCCCUACCUAAAAACACUUUCCAUGGUAGCCAGUACCAAACUCCUGCAUUUACUCGAGGCAUUUAGCACACCCUGGUUUUUAUUCUCCGCCCCCACGAAUCAUCAUCUGGUAUUUUUUCUACUGGAAAUAUUCAACAACAUCAUUCAGUAUCAAUUCGACGGCAACAGCAAUUUGGUUUACACGAUAAUCCGUAAACGUCAAGUGUUCCAUGCCCUCGCGAAUCUCCCGAUUGACUGCAGUACUAUAGCGAAAUCCCUGAGCAAACGUCAACGAAAGCAGAUCCCAUCGACGAGUGUCUCUACUGAGAACGUCAGCGAGGCUGCAAUGGAGGGAUCCCAUCCAGCUCAACCAGCUGAGCCGGGGACAUUGAAAGCGACACUUUUGGAGACCCCUGGGAUCGAAAACAUGACUGAGAAGGAGUCUGCACAUCCUCUGAGCCCGUCAAUCGAUGUUAACAUCAGUAAAUCGGUCGGUGAGGCCAAUGGGAAGGAUGAGGAAGAGGCGGAAGAUAAGCCAACGCAGAAAUCAAUCGUUCCUAAAAGUGGAAUUCGUGUGACUGAUGAGGUUGUGAGUCCCAACAAUCAAUGGGUACCCACAGGUGAUUGGGUAUAUCAAUGGAAGUCAAAAUUGCCUCUACAAACAAUCAUGAGAUUACUUCAAGUACUCGUACCUCAAGUGGAGAAAAUUUGUAUUGACAAGGGCUUAACCGAUGAAAGUGAGAUUUUAAAAUUCCUACAACAUGGAACACUGGUCGGUCUUCUGCCUGUUCCCCAUCCAAUACUAAUCCGUCGAUACCAGGCCAAUGCUGGGACGACAGCCUGGUUUCGCACCUACAUGUGGGGGGUAAUUUACCUCAGAAACGUCGAGCCUCCAAUUUGGUACGACACAGAUGUGAAACUCUUCGAAAUUCAAAGAGUCUAGAACACACACAAACAUCCCAAAUAUGCGCAUACGUAUGAAAAAGAAGAAAAAUUUUAUUCGCCUGAUACAUGGAUCUGUACAGUUUUAAUUAUGCAAUUCAAUAAUUAAUCACAUCACAGUGAUCAGAGAAAAUAAAUAUAGAAUUAAAUUAAGUUAUCGAAUGAGGAAAAAUGAUUUCGCUUUUCCUAUUUCGUUGCACCGAGAUGUCGUGAAGUGAAAGGGACAAGUUCAACGAUUCCAUACAGAUUAUUGUGGUAUCUCUAGCUUAGUGUGCCCAGAGAACAAUUGCAAAUGGGAAUUGAAUAAAUUCUAUCAGCUAAUUCACUGUUGACAUGCUGGAUCGCUUUCUGUAUCGGACUAUAUCUUGUAAAAAAAAUUUGCUCGUACUUUUCAAUAAAUAUUUUCAUCCCAGAGAUAUUGGUAAAAUAACUUGCUAUCUUUCACUUCAUGAGUCAUUUUUUUUCUUAAUGUAUGAGUGUUGAUUUGAGACAUCUUUUGUAAUGCUUUAAUUAGUUGAGAUACCCUGGUUCGAAAAAAAAUUAAUCAAUUGUACAGUUUUAAGUAGAAACAAAUGAAUUAGCAGAAUUUUCCAACGAAAUAAUCCUUUGCGAGACUAAAAUAAAUUUAAUAAAUUUUCCAUGUUGUAAUUACCGAUUUUUUUAUUAGGGUAUCUUCAAGGUAGUUGUACUGCCAAAGUUCAGUUGAACAACUGCUUCAUAUUUACAUAAAUGAUUAAACAAUAGCUGGGCUUAAAUACUUGUUACUUAAGAGUUGUGCAAUUGUAAGAAAUAUAAAUUUUUGUUUGUGAA